CUGAGAGGCGCCAACGAAUAAGGAGGUGUUUGUACUGGUUAUUGUUACUUAUUUUUGAUCAACGUAAAUUCAGACUGAACUUUUAGGAACGUGACAGAAGAAGAAUUGUUCAAUUCGUCAAUAUCGAUACUAAAAUCUUGACAUUAAUAACAAAAAUUUUUCAUAGAAGCCAGAGAGGAUAAUUGUGUUUUGAAAAAUUUUAGCAGUCGCUGUGCUGAUUCGCCAUAUAAACGACAUUUUCUUAUUUUUUCUCUUUCUGAUUAAACAAUAAAAUGGGCGGUAUGAGUCAGAGACCCUGGACCCCAACCAAACGUAGGGGGCCUAUUGCUGCUGAAUAUAACAGUCCUGGACCGGCUUGCGUUACUUUACCUCCUCUCAUUGGAAAAACUGCACCCGAUUCAAAACGUGGUAGGGCACCGGCGUUCUCAUUUGGCAAUAGACAUGCCAAUAAAAACGACAGUCCUGGACCAGGACCUGGCCAGUACAAUGUGUCCGGACUCAGUGCCAAAGGAAAAGAUGCGGCGCCUGCGUUAUCUCUGCACGGUCGUACGAAGUCUGCAAAAACCGAGCAGACACCAGCACCAGGAGAUUACAACCCGGAGAAGGCGGGUAAGGUGAUACUGGACAGUUCUCCAAAAUACUCGUUUGGAAUAAAAACACAAGCGGAAAAAGUGAGCACGACGCCUGCACCUGGUGACUAUUGCACGGAAAAUGUGAAUCUCGACAAAGCGCCUCAGUACAGCUUUGGAACGAAGCCUGUACUUGAAAAAGCGAACGACAUACCCGCGCCCGGAGCAUACUGCCCGGAGAAAGUAAAACUGGACAAGACGCCGCAAUACAGUUUCGGUCAUAGAACACCGAUGGAAAAGCCAAGCGACACACCCGCACCAGGGACCUACUGCCCCGAAAAAGUAAACAUGGAAAAAGGUCCUCAAUACAGUCUCAGUGGAAAAGGACGUGCUGAAAAACCAGAUGAUAAUCCAGCGCCUGGCAGUUAUUCUCCAGAGAAAUUUAAUCCAGAUAAAGGUCCUCAGUAUAGUAUCAGUGGUAAAGGCACAGAAGAGAAGCCAAGUGAUGUUCCAGCGCCUGGGUCUUACUCUCCUGAGAAAUUCAAUCCACAUAAGGGGCCACAGUAUAGUAUCAGUGGCAAAGGCCCUGAAGAUAAGCCAAAGGAUGUCCCAGCACCUGGAACUUAUUCUCCUGAGAAAUUCAAUCCGGACAAGGGUCCUCAGUAUAGUAUAAGUGGAAAAGGUGCUGCAGACAAACCAAACGAUGUUCCAGCUCCUGGAACUUACUCUCCUGAAAAGCAUAAUUUGGAUAAAGGUCCUCAGUAUAGUAUGGGUGGAAAAGGUGCUGAACAACAUCCAAACGAUGUUCCAGCUCCUGGAACUUACUCUCCUGAAAAGCAUAAUUUGAAUAAAGGUCCUCAGUAUAGUCUGGGUGGAAAAGGUGCUGAACAACAUCCAAACGAUGUUCCAGCUCCUGGAACUUACUCUCCUGAAAAGCAUAAUUUGAAUAAAGGUCCUCAGUAUAGUCUGGGUGGAAAAGGUGCUGAACAACAUCCAAACGAUGUUCCAGCUCCUGGAACUUACUCUCCUGAAAAGCAUAAUUUGAAUAAAGGUCCUCAGUAUAGUCUGGGUGGAAAAGGUGCUGAACAACAUCCAAACGAUGUUCCAGCUCCUGGAACUUACUCUCCUGAAAAGCAUAAUUUGAAUAAAGGUCCUCAGUAUAGUCUGGGUGGAAAAGGUGCUGAACAACAUCCAAACGAUGUUCCAGCUCCUGGAACUUACUCUCCUGAAAAGCAUAAUUUGGAUAAAGGUCCUCAGUAUAGUAUGGGUGGAAAGGGUGCUGAGCAGAAACCAAACGAUGUUCCAGCUCCUGGAACUUACUCUCCUGAAAAGCAUAAUUUGGAUAAAGGUCCUCAGUAUAGUAUGGGUGGAAAAGGUGCUGAACAACAUCCAAACGACGUUCCAGCUCCCGGCACUUAUUCGCCUGAGAAAUUUAAUCCUGAUAAAGGACCAGUUUAUAGUAUAAGUGGCAAAGGUUCUGAACCAAGACCCAAUGAUACACCAGCACCAGGAACUUACAGUCCUGAGAAAGUAAACUUGGACAAGGGACCACAGUACAGUUUAUCAGGCAAAGGGCCAUCUGAAAAGCCUAAUGAUAAUCCAGGACCGGGUGACUACCGCCCCGAGAAAGUAAAUCUGGAACAUAAACCUUAUUACAGCUUUAGUAACAGAACACCCUUGGAAAAGCCUAGUGACACCCCAGCACCAGGAACUUAUUCUCCAGAGAAGGUAAAUAUUGAUAAAGCACCACAAUACAGUUUUGGCCAUCGAACACCCCUAGAAAAGCCCAGUGACACACCAGCACCGGGUACUUAUUGUCCUGAGAAAGUCAAUCUAGAUAAAGGGCCUCAGUACACUCUAUCAGGAAAAGGUCUUGAACAAAAACCAAGUGACAUACCAGCACCCGGAACUUACAGUCCCGAGAAGGUAAAGCUGGAUCAUGCACCUCAGUAUAGCUUUGGAAUCAGAGUAAAUGGACAAAGGCCAGACAAUAUACCUGGACCUGGGGAAUACAGUCCAGAGAAAACGAUGAUUCUACUUCAGAAAGCGUUACAGUUUACAUUUGGACUUAGACCACCCAUAGGAAGGUCAAACGAUGUUCCAGCUCCUAAUGUCUACAAUAUUCCAUCUGCUCUUGGAGGCACCAAGGAAGGCAAUAAGAAGACAGCACCAGCUUAUUCGAUAUCUGGUAGACAGAAGAACUUUGCCGAUGAUAGGAUUUUAGUUCCUGGUCCAGGAGCUUAUGAGACAAUCAAGGCUGAUGCUGUCCGAGCUAAAAGUCCUGCUUACAGUAUCAGUGCUCGUUUUCAACUUCCUGAUGAUCACUCCAAAAUUCCUGGACCUGGUGCUCACUGCCCUGAGAAGGUUCAACUGGACUUCCCACCAGCACACACUUUUGGAAUCAGACACUCUCCCUAUAUUUGCAACCUGAAGGAUGAUCGAGUCUGCUAACAAAAUUAUUUUGAAAAUUUUACCAAGCUUUCUUAUGUUUUAUAUUUUUCGUAAGACUAAUUAGCGCUGCCAACUCUUUCCUUUUUUCGCAAGAUAUUCUCGCAGGGUUGAGAUUUCUUAUCAAUAAUGUUAAUUUGUUUCUUUCGUUUUUAAGUUGAUUACGAUCUCAUUAACACGAAUUAGUAUUUUCCAAUUUUACAAGAAAACAUCCAGCCAGAUUCUAAGAUUGAACUAAAUGAAUUACGGCAUCUCAUUUAUAUUUUAGAGACUAGUAGUACAUUGAGUUUCAUUACAUCACAAAUAAAAUAGCUGUACUGUAAUCAAAGGAAAUAUCUAAGAUAAUCAUACGCAGUUAAUACACAAAACGAUAAUUCCAGUAGAAAAUUAUAAUUUAUAGGUGCUAAUGAAAGAAAUGUAGCUUGAUUGAAAAUCCCCUCUCGACUUCUGUCACCUGAGCAAGUUGGGAACCUCCUUAUUUCAUAUUGAGUUACUUUCUCUUUACGAAUUGAUGUAAUACUUUAUUUUUAAUCCGUCCAUAAGUGAAUAGAAAUUGUUUCCUUUAA